GCUCAUGGUUCCCGUGCAGCCGGUGCGUCUGUCAUAUGCGCCGCCGUGCGACUAUUACCUAGUUGGUGCCACACCACACUCCACAAGUCGAAACACUCCGCCGAGACCACAGCUGAGAUCGAGCGCUACCAAAUGCGCCCAAACCUCACGAAUGAGAACCCCACUGCAAAUUAUUCAUAAUGACGACCGACGACCCGCAUGGUGCUUGCUGUCGAGGGCCGUCGCUGCUCCGACUAUAAGAGCUAGCUGCGAACCCCUUCUGAGACAGCUGGCACGAUUCGAUUCAUCAAAGACCUGAUUGGAUUCUAAACCAGUACGGCACCAUGCUUCACCCACUAGAAAUUGUCGCAACGCUUGUCGCCGCGUACCUUGUCAAAGUCUUCCUGACGCGCAAAAAACUGCCUGCGCCGCUUCCUCCGGGUCCCAAGCAGAAACCGCUCAUCGGGAAUCUCCUAGAUCUUCCACCUUCUGGCGGACAGGAUUGGGUGCAUUGGUACAAGUUUAAGGAGCUAUAUGGCCCCAUCAGCUCGAUCAGAGUUCUUGGAGAGACAUUCAUCAUCAUCAAUGAAGCACAGAUCGCAGUGGAUCUGCUGGAGAAGCGCUCAGCCAUACAUUCCAGUCGGCCACAGGGACAGUUCAAUCAGAUGACUGGGUACGGUGAAGUUACCAGCGCCAUGGCCUAUACCGACACGCUUCGUGUUCAUCGGAAGCUGAUGUACAAGCAAAUUGGAUCGGUGAACUCCGUCUCUCGCUUCGAUAAGUCCCAGGAGGCUGAGGUAGGGCGAUUCAUGCUGCGGUCGCUCGAGGCACCGCAGGACUUGCUCGCCCACUUACGGAAACUGGCUGGGGGUGUUAUCUUGAAAGUCGCAUAUGGAUACAACAUUGAACGCGAUGGAGAAGAUCCGCUUGUCGAAAUCGCGAACGAUGGUGUAGAAAAGUUUGCCCAGUCCAUCACUCCGGGCGCGUGGCUAGUUGACUUCAUCCCGGCUCUCAAAUACAUUCCGGCCUGGUUCCCUGGCGGUGGGUUUCAAAAAGACGUAGAGGAGUUCCGCGUGGCUGCGGACAAACUCAGUGCCAAGCCCUAUGCAUUUGUUCUUAGCCAGAUGUCGCGUAAUGCCCACGCGCCUUCUUUCCUAUCAGGACUAUUCGAGAAGGAGGGUAUUCCCAAACCUGGAAGCGAGCAGGAGGCGACACUCAAAUGGGCUGCAGCUACACUAUAUGGUGGUGGAUCUGAUACAACUGUCUCGACACUGGGAAGCUUCUAUCUCGCAUUAGUCCUGUUUCCAGAAGUACAAAAGAAGGCACAAGAAGAGAUAGAUCGAGUGGUGGGCACAUCUCGUCUCCCGGGGUUUGCUGAUCGUGAAAAUCUGCCAUACGUUGAAGCCGUGGUCAAGGAAGCCUUCCGAUGGCAUCCAGUCGUGCCCAUGGGCGUUGUGCAUAAGUCAACAGAGGAGGACACGUGGGGUGGCUAUUACAUCCCUAAAGGGUCUCAAAUCUUGCCGAAUAUCUGGGCAUUCCUGCAUGACCCAAAGACCUACCCCGACCCAAGCAGCUUCAAGCCUGAGCGAUUUCUCGCGAGCGAGAAUCACACCCCUGAGCGCGAUCCGCAUCUUCUAGCCUUCGGAUUCGGCCGACGCGUGUGUCCUGGACGGACCGUAGCAGAUGCAACUGCUUACCUGACUAUAGCACAAUCCCUUGCCGUGUUCAACUUCGGAAAGCCCAUAAAAGACGGUAAGGAAGUUGACUUGAAGCCGGACUUCCUGCCUGGGAUGAUCAGCCACCCGGCACCGUACGAGAUCAGCAUCAAGCCUCGAAGCGAGCAGCAUGAGGCGCUUGUCCGGGCAGUGGAGGAGAAUUUUCCGUGGGAGGAAAGCCAUGCCAAGGAGCUGGAUCAAUAGCUUAUUAGCAUGGAUGAGAGGAUGAAUGGCCAUGUAAAGCAAUUCGCGUCACUAUCCCCAUACGACGUAGCCAGCAGCGUUACUUUGGCUAAAGUCUAAGAGUCCUGGUAUUCAGAUUGAACAAAACAUAGUUUUUUUUUUCACAACUAAUUUC